AUGUCUUUGGUGCCGGACUCAGAUCAGUGCAACAAUGAAGCGGACGAGGUAGCGGCGCUGAAGCAGAGCGUCGUACAGCUGAACGAAAAACUUAUCGACGUCGUGCAGAGAGUGGUGCGGUUGGAACAAGCUCAGGCCCAAGAACGUUCGUUUCUAUGGAACUCAUCGACGACGACGACCAACGCUGCCGGGGACAGCGACGGCAGCGACAAGAUUGGUGGCGACCAGGCGACGUCUCCUUGCAAACACUGCCUGAACAUCAGUGCCAGCAUGAACGCUAACCUCUCUGGUGGUCUCCAGAACGGCGAUAGUCAGAUCCGAUCCUCGAUGUACCGACCACUGUCCGGCAGAGAAAGUCAGCAAUGCAUCAACAUAACGAGAAAGUUCGAUGACCAUCACCUGGUAAGCGACUAA